ACUUCUGUCUGGUUAUUUCCUUUCAUCUUUGGCAAAAACCCCUCUCGUCUCUACUCCUUCCUUGCAGAAUCACGCAUUUACAGAGGAUUGCGUUUGCCUCCACAGGCAGUUCCAAAAUGGGAAAAGAGCCUCUGGUUAGCUCCAAAGCGGAGCUGAAGCGCAAACAAAAACUCCAAAAGAAAGCGAAAUCAGGUGGUUUCGAGUCUCUAAACCUCAGUCCCAAUGUUUACAAAGGAAUCAAGCGGAAGGGCUAUCGUGUUCCUACUCCUAUCCAACGCAAGACCAUGCCUAUUAUCCUCUCUGGUUCAGACGUGGUCGCCAUGGCUCGUACUGGUUCCGGCAAGACCGCUGCGUUUUUGAUUCCGAUGCUCGAAAAACUGAAGCAACAUGUAUCUCAAGGUGGCGUUAGGGCUCUUAUUUUGUCGCCUACAAGAGAUUUGGCUCUGCAGACCUUGAAAUUCACUAAAGAGCUUGGCAGGUUCACUGAUCUUCGCACUAGUUUAUUGGUUGGUGGUGAUAGCAUGGAAAGUCAAUUCGAAGAAUUAGCACAGAGUCCGGAUAUUAUAAUUGCAACUCCUGGUAGGCUUAUGCAUCAUUUGUCUGAGGUUGACGACAUGUCAUUGCGGACGGUGGAAUAUGUAGUUUUUGAUGAAGCUGACAGUCUUUUUGGUAUGGGUUUUGCUGAGCAAUUGCAUCAAAUCCUAACCCAGUUGAGUGAGAACCGCCAGACAUUGCUUUUCAGUGCAACUUUGCCAAGUGCCCUUGCGGAGUUUGCCAAGGCUGGUCUACGCGAUCCUCAGCUUGUUCGACUUGAUGUGGAUACAAAAAUUAGCCCUGAUUUGAAGCUGAUGUUUUUCACCCUACGACAGGAGGAAAAAUAUGCAGCCUUACUGUAUUUAAUAAGGGAGCAUAUCAGUUCUGACCAGCAGAGUUUGAUAUUUGUUUCCACAAAGCAUCAUGUGGAGUUCCUUAAUACUUUGUUUCGAGAAGAGGGUAUUGAGCCUUCUGUUUGCUAUGGAGAUAUGGAUCAAGAUGCUCGCAAGAUUCAUGUAUCAAGGUUUAGGGCACGGAAAACUAUGUUGUUAAUUGUCACAGAUGUAGCUGCUAGGGGUAUUGACAUUCCAUUGCUUGAUAAUGUUAUCAAUUGGGACUUCCCCCCAAAACCAAAAAUUUUUGUCCACCGUGUAGGGCGAGCUGCAAGGGCAGGUCGGACUGGUACAGCAUUUUCUUUUGUGACAUCUGAAGAUAUGCCUUACCUUUUAGAUCUUCAUCUAUUUCUUUCAAAACCAAUAAAGGCUGCACCUGCUGAGGAAGAGGUUUUGCAGGACAUGGAUGGAGUGAUGAAGAAAAUUGAUCAAGCUAUUGCAAAUGGGGAAACUGUUUAUGGACGAUUCCCUCAGACGGUUCUUGAUCUUGUUUCAGAUAGAGUUCGAGAAAUCAUUGAUUCAUCAGCAGAAUUGACUUCUUUGCAGAAAACCUGUACAAAUGCCUUCCGCUUGUACACGAAGACAAAACCUGUACCUGCAAAGGAGUCCAUUAAAAGAGUGAAGGACUUACCACGUGAAGGUAUACAUCCAAUAUUCAAAAAUGUUCUGGGAGGUGGUGAACUAAUGGCAUUAGCAUUUUCUGAGCGCUUAAAAGCAUUCAGACCUAAGCAGACUAUUCUGGAAGCUGAAGGUGAAGCUGCCAAAUCGAAGAAUGUACAGGGUCCUUCUAGUCAAUGGGUUGAUGUGAUGAAGAGAAAAAGAGCUAUUCAUGAAGAGAUCAUUAAUUUGGUACAUCAGCAGCGCUCUAGCAAGAAGGUGGAAAAGGAAGCUCAAUCUGAAAUUACUCCUUCAAAUGGAAAGCAGAAAAAGGAAGCUCGCGGUUCUAAAAGGAAGGCAAAGAAUUUCAAAGAUGAGGAAUACUAUAUAAGUUCAGUACCCACAAACCAUCACACAGAGGCAGGCCUUUCAGUGAGAGCUAAUGAAGGCUUUGGAUCAAAUAGGUUGGAAUCAGCUGUCUUAGAUCUGGUUGCAGAUGAUAGUUCUGGCAUGCAGAAACAGAAGACAGUAUAUCAUUGGGACAAGAGGAGUAAAAAGUACAUCAAAUUGAACAAUGGUGAACGUGUUACAGCUAGUGGAAAGAUAAAGACAGAAAAUGGUGCAAAAGUAAAGUCUAAGAAUACAGGGAUGUACAAGAAAUGGAAAGAGCGGUCACACAGAAAAGUCUCUCUUAAAGGAAUUGGCAAUGGAGAGAAUGAUGAGCAAACCUCAAGCUUCUCAGGAGAUCGCCAAUUUCGAGGACACAAUAGAAAGUUUAAUGCAGGCAGGAAGCAUCAUUCGGUGCCUAAUGCUAAUGUGCGUUCAGAAAUUAAAGACCUUGAACAGGUUCGAAAGGAAAGGCAAAAGAAGGCCAACAAAAUCUCUCAUAUGAAGAACAAAGCUGGAGGAGGUAAAAAUUUUGGUAAAAAUAAGAAGAGAGGAAAGCCAAGGAAGUAAGUAAGCAUAAGUAGUUGCUUCUUGAAUUGAUGGAGAUUCCUUGUAAAAAUUUCGUUGCGGAUGCUAAAGGAGGAAAGGCGAAAAACAUUGCCAUCUUGAGUUGCUUUAUUAUCUGAUAUGAGGAUUUGAGAAGAAAAACCAUAGAAGGGAAUUCGAAAUGUUGACCUCGCCAUGUCAUCAUAAUUUUCGCCAGGUCAUUCUCAGGCAUGAUGGAUCAUUUAUCUUUACUGGCGGAUUUGAUGGCAUAUUUAAAUAGUUGCCAGGUUAUGUUUGUACGUACUGCAACACAGAAAACAUAGACCAAAUUUUGUUGCCAAAACUGAUCAUAGUGAUCAUCUAAUAUUGUUGUUUUUUUCCUCCAAAACAGUGGAUUUCGUUUGAUUUGAAAGACAAGCAUCUUCGUUAUGUCCUCAAAUAUGAGUGAUUCAGAUGGGCAUCUUCCCAUUAUGUAAUUUAUUUAUUUAUUUUUAUUUUAAUGCUUAAUAGAAUA